AAACUCGACAUCAACAUCACCAUUUUCGACAUCUCACUGAACUCUGAUUUCCUUGCCAACAAAAACAACCCCGGAAAGCCACCAAAACCACCAUGUUCAUGUUUCGUCAAGCCUCACGCCUCUUGGGUCGACCCACUUGCCCGAGCAGAAUCCGAGCCUUGUGCACAGAGGUCCCAGCGGCCAAUCCCAAUGCCGACUCGGCCUUCAUCGAGUCAUGGAAGAAAGUGAUACCUAUCAUGGACCCACCUAAAACUCCAUCAACCUAUACGGAGCCCCGCCCUCCGACCCCUUCUUCUCUCCCUUCCAAACUCACCGUCAACUUUGUCCUCCCCUACUCCUCUGAGCUCUCUGGCAAAGAGGUUGACAUGGUUAUGGUACCAGCAACAACUGGACAAAUGGGUGUUUUGCCUGGCCAUGUAGCAACAAUCGCAGAGCUUAAGCCCGGUGUCCUCUCGGUGCACGAAGGCAGUGACGUGACCAAGUAUUUUGUGAGCAGUGGGUUUGCUUUUAUUCAUGCAAAUUCUGUUGCUGAUAUAGUUGCUGUGGAGGCUGUUCCAAUUGACCAGAUUGAUGCAAUCUUAGUGCAAAAGGGGCUUGCAGAGUUCACCCAGAAGCUCAGUUCAGCCACAACCGAUUUGGAGAAAGCUGAAGCGCAGAUUGGGGUUGAUGUUCAUAGUGCUCUCAACUCUGCUCUCACUGGUUGAUCAUUUUGCCAUGCUUCAACCAUUAGCUUUUCCUUCUUCUCCUCCUUCACGCCAGUGGCUAUUCGAUCUUAUUCCUUGAGCAGUAAUCUUGCUUGAACGAUUUUGUCUACAUCAUUUUUAGAGAAAUAAAGUAUUUCAGAACCCAUGAUUUUUA